AUGAUUCAUCAUCCAACCACAGCAUGAGCAUCGCGGAUAUAUAAGCUGGAGCACACCUGCUCAACAAUAAACGACUUCAGACCUCCUCCAACUGACCGCAGCUUGUUCCCAAAGUUAAGUGUCCUUUACACCCUGUUUGAUACUUUACCGACCAGCGUCCGUCCCCUGCGUCCUCUCCCCACAACAUGCUGCCGAGUGGAGCGGUCGAUGUCCGGCGCUGCGUGCUGACGAGCCGCUGGCUGCCCGCAUCUCUGCUGCUCCUCCUCCUCCUCUCCUCCAGCCUCAGCCGCGCUCACAGCACCACGAUGGAGCACGACUUCCACAUCGCCCACAAUGUCGACAACAGAAGUCCAGAGAUAGACCCCUUCUGGUACGUGGGACGCGGGGUGAGACCCAUCGGCCGCUUCGGGAAAAGGCACGGCCCCGGGGAGGCCGUGGGCAGCAGAGGGGUGCAACCUGUCCUCAGGGCUUUAGGGCUGGUGGUCAACAGCCUCAGAAACAAGGACAACUUUGGGAAAGUGCUGGACAGGGAGGACAGGGAUUGGUUACCAAGACAGCGAGUCCUACUCCCUUCAUCUACAAACUCCAGAGUGUCUUUUUUUUAAUCAUGAUUGAGGUUAUAAACUCAAUUGCUCUUACAUGUAUUUCUCUCUGGUGUCUGAUAUGAGGCCUUAAUCAUUGUUAUCUGUACAUAAAAUGCAUUCUAUAUUGAUUAAUAAACAAGGGUGUUGUGGUUAUAUCUGUAAGUCA